UCGUAUUGGUCGUGUUAUAUGCAACCUCCUCUGCCGCUCGUAUCUCCAAAUAAAUCCCGGACUGGAAGCUUUCGUUGUUACGCAUAGGUCCGUCUGCCAUUGCCCCAGGACUUCCGCCACAGCGCAUCGGAUCUCCAGAUAGGGUUACCCAGCAGCUACUAUGUCGUCGGGGUCUUUUUUGGAGAGAGAUCCAUGCCCAGACCGCAUCCUUGAUGAUGCUGGUGGGGCUUUCGGCAUGGGUCUUGUAGGUGGUUCUGCCUUCCACUUCCUCAAGGGCCUCUACAACUCGCCCAAUGGCGCGCGGAUUGUUGGCGGUAUGCAGGCCGCGCGCAUGAACGCCCCACGACUCGGCGGGAGCUUCGCCGUCUGGGGCACCCUCUUCUCCACCUUCGACUGCACCGCGGUCUAUGUGCGCCAAAAGGAGGACCCCUGGAACUCCAUAAUUGCUGGUGCCUCAACUAGCGGGCUCCUUUCCUUGCGCAAGGGCCUCAGAUCCACUGUUGGAGGUGCCAUCGUUGGCGCUGCCUUCCUCGCAGGUAUUGAGGGCGCUGGCAUCGUAAUCAACACCUUCCUUGCCAAGCAGGAGAACACUCCACCGCUCCCGGCCUAUGACCCCAAUGUUACCAUUGCCACAGGCCUACCUCAGGCGCAUGAGGCCUAUACUGACCUCUCAAGCUCGAGCAGCAGCUUCCCAGGCCUUCCGCAACUACCCGUGUACCCUCCUGAGGUUGCAAGCUCGAGUGUUAGCGGUAGCUGGUUUGGCAGUCUAUUUGGUAAGGGGGAGAAGAAAAAGGCUAGUAGCAGUAGGGGCACAUCGGAGAUAUUGGAGAGCUUUGAGACGCCCUGCCCUCCAAUACCAUCGUUCGACUACAAGUGAAAAAGGUGUGGGUUUUUUUAGUUCCAAUCUGAAUGAUAAUGUUGAGAAAAGUGCUAUUUUAGGAUUCCACGAAGACUUGGAUUUCUUAUUGCCCAGUUCAUGGACAUAGGGAUUUCUCCGCGCGUGCUGUUAAUUUCUCUUCGAUUUGGCAUUCCUUGAUAAGAUGUGGUUUCUUUUCUGUUUGGUGAUGUAAAGGAUCAAAA